UCGGUGAGCACGGACUGGGGUGGAGGAGUCGGAUUGAAGCAAGCACAGCAGGAAGAAGAAGAAGUAGUAGCUGCCCAUUCGCGACACAUUUGAACAAACUAUUCCCUUUAAAAUGGCUUAUCACAGCCCGUACAGAGCCCCGCCGCAUAUCAACGCGCCGCCUGACCAGGGUUUUCUGUGGAAUAUCUUCCAGAGAGUGGACAAGGACCGGAGUGGAGUGAUCUCAGACUCAGAGCUUCAGCAGGCCUUAUCAAACGGGACAUGGACACCUUUUAACCCAGUGACCGUUCGCUCCAUCAUAUCCAUGUUCGACCGGGAAAACAAAGGCGGAGUGAACUUCAACGAGUUCGCCGGCGUGUGGAAGUACAUCACAGACUGGCAGAACAUCUUCAGGACCUACGACAGAGACAACUCAGGCUUCAUUGACAAGAAUGAGCUCAAACAGGCUCUGACUGGAUUCGGUGAGCAGCAAAGGUAUCGUCUGUCGGAUCAGUUCUACUGUACAUUGAUAGAAAAGUUUGACCGUCAGAGGAAAGGGCAGGUGGCUUUCGACGACUUCAUCCAGUGUUGCAUUGUGCUACAGAGGUUGACUGACGUGUUCAGGCGGUACGACACAGACCAGGAUGGCUGGAUCCAGGUUUCAUACGAACAGUAUCUAUCAAUGGUCUUCAAUAUAGUAUAAUGCACACGGAUCCACACAGAAGAGCACAACUGGACGCAACUGUGCCAAAGCUAGCGGCAACGCCAGGAGGUCUGCCAUAGUGGACACUGCAAGAUUUUUUUAAAACCCUCUUUUAAGCUCCCUUCAAGCUGUCUGACACAUUUAAAAGCUAAUAGUGUUUUCAAAGGGUGUGACAUCAUCCUGUUGACCAACUGCUUGUUUAGAAAAAAUCUUGUAGUGUUUUAUGUGUUGGGGCCUCUGAGCGAGAAAUAAUUUAAUCACAUUUGUCUUUGUCUGUUGUCGUCGAUUAACUUUUUGUUUUUGUUUUGGAAAAGUCUUAACUUUAAUUAAUGCAACUGAAAAGAGUUCUCUGUUGAGAACCCGGUGCAGUGUAAAUAUGAUUUAAAAUGCAUGCGUGUUGGGGAAACACUCCCAAUUGGAAGCAUGCUUCUCUGUUCCUCGUCUGCUCCUCGGCCCUGAUCAAAGCCAUGUUUACAAAAACUGUGAAAGCAGCUGCUGUUCUGCUUUGAGAUUCUCUGACAUGCCAGCUUCUACGCCAUAUUUCUAAACAUGUUUUACCAAGCCAACGUUUGAAGAUUUGAUUUUGGUAGCGGGUGAGCAUAUUGCCUUUCUUUUUUUUUGUGCAUGAUGCCUUAAUUAUGUUUAAAAACAGAAAAUUAAUGAAAUGUUUUAUUAAAAAAGAAAGGUACAACAUAUUUCCUUGGUCUUUUCUUUUUCUUUUUUUCAUUCCCAGUGAUGCUCUUAAGUUGGCUCCAUGUCGCCCUCUGCUGUUCGUCUAGAGUGCAAACCACUGCAAUGCACCAAUAUGUGACACUGGAUAGCCCGCUCUGCGCUCGGUCAUCCUGAGCCUCUUUCUCAUCGCGUGCGGGUUUGCCAGCACUGGCUGUGUCUUGUGGGGGUCUUUGACUUGAGAAUGUGGAUUUUGGGAAAGAGUGAAUGAAGAUGAACGCUUCGGUUAAAAGUAAAUCUGAUGUUAGUUAUUUUCAAAAUCAUCUUUAUAUGUUUUUUAACACUUUUACCGACAACUGCUUUCCAAAUAUUGUGUUCUUUCUAUAGCCAAAAAUAUUUGUUGAGCAGCACCAGGCAGAUGGUAAGCGAAACUCACUGACAAAUUUCAGGGUGACCCACUCCCACAGUGAGGAUGAAAUGAAAGUGAGGAGUUGUGUGUGCAAUGCUGAGAUUUUGGGCUAAAUGGAUUAUGUUUAUGUAUCAAAUAGAGUCCGCCAUCGAAGACGUUAAUUGGUGAGGAAAAGACCGUCUUUCUGUUUUCCAACUGGUCCAGAUGAAGCAAAAUUUGCACCGUCCUAUUUUGGUGACAUCAUCAAGAGAUGCUUGUAGGGAGCAAGAAAAGUCUGCGUGUCAUCUGCAUAGCAGUGCAAAGAUGUGUUGUGAUGCCAGAUGAUAUGGAUGAUAAAUCGAAUGUUACCUAAAUUAGGACCUUGCAGAACACCAGAGGUAAAGUUGGUUAUGAAUGAAGAGUCUAAAAGAUAUGACUGUAACCAACUAGCACUGAGCAGUUUCUUUGAUUCACACCCAGGAGUGGAGGUGGUUCAGUUGAAUUCCAUGCUGAGCCUGUGUCAAAGCUGCACUUGAGAUCUGUUAGGAUUCAAAUGGAAAGUUCACCAUUGUUUCCUGGUAAGAGAAGGCUUUUUCGAAGGUCUGUUUCUGUGCCCUGUUUGGAUCAAAAACCAGUCUGAAGUUUUACAAAUAGAGUUUGGAUAAAAGUCCAAUAUUUGACUACUAAUCCAGCUCCAAGACCUUAGCUCAGAAAGGAAGUUGAGAGAUUGGUCUGAAAUGAAGAUUAUUCUUAUGUAGAGGUUGGAUCAAGUGCAAGAAUCAUAGAUGAAAUACUGAGCAGUAUGUUGAACUAUGUUGUAAUUUUCCUCACUGAUCAAGGUGACGUGAAUUGAAUCCUCCUGUAAUUCCAUCCUUUUUGGGUGUUGAGGUAUCUCUUAACAAAGGUGCUGGGAGAGGCGUUUUAUUGGUGACCCAGCAUUGACCUUGAGGUUGUCUCUUUUUCCAAAAUGUCCUGGAGGAUGUGAAUCUGCCGAGUCUGCACGCCAGCCUUUGUUUUCCUCAAGUUCCUGCAGUUAGAGGAAUGUCCUUGCAAAUGAUAAAAAAUACA